CUGGAGGCCGACUUCGCUCGUUUACUAAAGAGAACUCGAGGUUUUGAAAUAAAGGUAGUGCGAGGCGAUGGAGCUUGCAUGUUUAGAGCCGUAGCGGACCAACUCUAUGCAGACCAGGACAUGCACGGAGAAGUGCGAAGACUUUGCAUGGAUUACAUGGAAAGGAACCGAGAUCACUUUGCUCCCUUUGUCGCCGAAAACUUCUCGUCUUACGUUGCUCGUAAGCGGCAACCUGGUCAGCACGGCAAUCACGUGGAGCUUCAAGCGAUUUCGGAAAUGUUCGCGCGUCCUAUUGAAAUCUACGAAUACAGUGAAAACCCGAGGAAUGUGUUCUACCCAACAAUAAGGUCACUUGAUGUUAACGUACCUAUUCGUCUAAGCUAUCACGGCUCAUCUCACUACAACUCA